ACUUUCCUGGCUGGGCUUCCGCCUGCUGACCACACCCCUGGCCCAGUGAUUUAAGUUUCACCAGCAGCCAGAGCCCCUCAGACUUUGCCUGGAAGCCAACCUCUGCAAAAUCCACUGCGACCUUUGCUUCCCACUGCAGCCUGGUGAAGAGCACACCUCCGGCAGAGCUAGAAAGGAGCUCCUGUUCGUCCCCUCUGCUCCUCGUGCUUGGUAGGGCCCCCUCAGGGGUCACCAUGUCCCCCAUCCUGGGCCCCACCCUCAUCCUGGCCACCUGGGCCUUCUGGGCUGUGGCAGGACAGGCCACGAACGAGGAGGAUCCGGGAGACCAGGUGAAUGCCAUCUACCAGAAGGUGACGGACUUGUGGAACAAACUGUACCUGGUGAAGCCGUUGACGGCCGACGGCAGCGACGAGGACCCGGUACACGCGGCCUGCGAGGUCAAACCGUCCUCCACGCUGGAGGCUGACCAGCCGCAGGUCACCGGCCAGGUGCUCUUCAGGCAACGGUACCCGGACGGGAGGCUGGAGGCCAUCUUUGACCUGGACGGCUUCCUCACCGUGGGCAACGGGACCAGCCGGGCCAUCCACGUCCACAAGUUUGGGGAUCUGAGCCGCGGUUGUGACGGGGCCUCCGCUCACUACAACCCCUCUGCCAAGCCGCACCCUCAGCACCCGGGGGACUUUGGGAACUUCCUGCCGAGGGAAGGCAAGAUCAAGCGCUACCGGACCAACCUGCUGGCCUCGCUCUUCGGCCCGUACUCCAUCCUGGGCCGCUCCGUCGUGGUGCACGAGCGGGAGGAUGACCUCGGCAGGGGAGGGAACAAGGGCAGCCAGGAGCAUGGGAAUGCCGGGAAGCGGCUGGCCUGCUGCGUCAUCGGGAUCUGCGGCCGGGAGCUGUGGGAUAAAAAGGCCCUGGAGAUCAACGAGCGGAGGAAGAAGAGGCGGGAGAGCGAGUGCAAGAUGGCCUGAACCCACCCCCAGCACUUCUCAUACAUCAAUAGAUGCUUUCACCUCCGCACUGGGAGCUGCUUUGCUUCUUCGGAAACUCCAUAUUCUCUAUAUUGCACAAUAAAUGGCAUCGAUUAGAAAUGACAACUUGCUCCCCUGUUCCCUCCUCUUCACUCACAAUUAAAGAAGAGUUUCUACCUAUCAA